AUGCAUCCAGAAUUUACGAGCAAAGGUCACAGCCCAGGCGACCGACGAGAACCCCAUAUGGAGCCAGCGGCGAAAAGAGAUGCUGCGGCCACGGUCAAAAAGGGUCGCAAGAGCAUGCCAAAGGUUCGAUCAGGUUGCCUCACUUGCAAGUCCCGUCGUGUCAAAUGCGAUGAGUCGAAACCAGAAUGCCAGCGGUGCCUCCGCGCCCAACGGAAAUGUGAGGGUUACAAGCCCCACGUCGACAAAACCGGCAACUCCGGUAUAACGACCUACAGCAUCCCAUUUAAGAUCCCCGGAAGCCAAAGCGAUCGUCAACUUCUGCACUACUACUGCUGCCAGGCGUCGUGGAACCUCUCGACAUACUCAAACACCACCCUCUGGACCGAACUGAUUCUCCAGCGCAGCUUCCAUGAACCCGUCAUCCGCAACGCCUUGAUCGCCCUCGGUUCGCUGCACAAAGACUACCUGUGCGGCGACCUGGUAGUCUCGGAGCACCGACUCAAUGCUCAUGGCUCAAGUCAGAUCUCACCGCCCGUCAAAACAAUGAGCAUGAUUGGUAAAUGUCACCGACAACUACGGGCGUAUCUUUCGCGAGACGGCGCUUCCCCCGAGACCGCUUUGAUAUGUAGCCUGAUCUUCUACACGUUUGAGUCACUUCUCGGUGACUCGGCAAAGGCAAUAUGGCAUCUUGAUCGUGGUCUGACCUUGCUGAAACAAUGUCAGACCGACCGCACGUGCGAGACUGGCGAUGGCUUGAUGGAGAGUUUGACAACCAUGUUCAACCACCUGGACAUACAAGCUAGUGCCUUUGACGACCGUAGGCGCUUGCUCGUCACUCUGGUCAGUGACGCCGAGGUCCACGGGGAACUCGACCUCGUUCCAGACAGGUUUCGAGAUGUUGCCCAUGCGGAGAGCAUCCUGACGAAACUCCAGAAUUGGACGUUGCAUCACAUCAUCGAAAACCUCGAACACAAGGGCAAGUCGUCAGAUGAAAUGCCCCUGGACAUCCUCCGAGAGAGAAUCAUGCUCGGUCUCCAAUUUGAGCGAUACGGCACGGCGUUGGCGAACCUCUCUGCCUCCAUCAAUGGAGACACCUCGUCAUGCUUGUCGGCCAUACCAGAGGUUCCGCUACACUCUGAGCAAGCCUGCCCUCGUACCGAAACGGACACCAUACUUCUGUGUAAGAUUCAUUUUCACUGCUACCGCUAUCUCAUCAGGGAAAAUCUUCCCAGCCCAUUGGCAUCUGAUGAGGAAGUGAUAUCUUCACCAUCAACGUCAUCACGUUCCUCGUCCCAAUCUGACACAUCACCAACUGAAGAUCUCGAUGUGGCCCUUGACUCCCUCAAAUCCCUCCUCUCCCUUUCACUAGAGUAUUCCUCAAACGGUCGAGCACCCCCCACCGGUGGAGCCAACAACAGCACGGAAAGAAUCUACACCCUCUCCACUCACCUCAUCGCCAUGCUCUACUUCCUCACCCUCAAAGCAACAAAACCCGAAACCCUGUCUACGGCUCUGGAGCUAUUCUCACACCCACGCAUCCGUAACACCCGCGACGGCCUAUGGGAUGCUCACACCGCAUUCUUUGUCGUCCAGAACCUUCUCAAACUCCGCGACAACGGUGCCCACAACAACACCUCAAAGCUCGUCCACAAAGAGAUUUCUGACCACGCCGACAUCAAGGAGAUGAUGACAUUCCAAGAACUGAACACCGGUAAAGAAGUUCCAAUGAUGCAGUCCCGAGGUGUCACGAUUACGCUUGAUCAGAACACUUCUCCUCCGUCCGUCAUGGAUGCUCGGACUCAACUUCAUCCGUCUCGACGGGACGAAGAGUGUAAGGAAAAUCUCGACGCCAAUCGUGAUAACACCCUCCUUCUUUUACCGCCAUAUUUCCCCUUCGUCACUCCGACCACUGAUAUUAAUGCGACCAAUACAAUGAUCACUCAGCCUGCGUCUGGGUCUGGAUCUGAACCUACAUUUUCUCAUCUAUCGUCGACCCCCGCGUCUUCUACAAUCUCGAGGUCGAAACCAACUUGCACUACAACCGCCUCUCCUUCAGAAGACACAGACUCCACCCUGACAACCCUACACCAAAUGUGGCCUCCUGUCUCAAACUGUUCAUCUUCACAUAUCCCGCAGUUGCAGACGACAGCCUCAGAGUUUUAUCAGUCGGCGUCGUCACCUCUUGCACCUCUUCGACAGCAGACAUUUCAUCCUCCUCGCCUCGAAGAUGUCGGUCUGGGCAUGAUCGACGCAGAUGGCGGCGUCAACGAAGCGGCCCGCAUAGUAUGGGGUCGCGUGCAGGAACUCGACCUGAGUCUUAGCGUUUGA